AUGCAAGACAUUCAUUCAGUGGGAGGAGCGAGGUUCUUCGCAGGCUCAGGGGGAGGAGGAGGAGGAGGAGAUCGGCGGCUGAGGCCCCACCACCACCUGAACCAGCAGGCCUUGAAGUGCCCAAGGUGCGACUCUCUCAACACCAAGUUCUGCUACUACAACAACUACAACCUCUCUCAGCCCCGCCACUUCUGUAAGUCCUGCCGCCGCUACUGGACCAAAGGCGGUGUCCUCCGCAACGUCCCCGUUGGUGGCGGCUGCCGCAAAACCAAACGCUCCAAGCCCAAAUCCUCGUCCUCCUCAUCGCCGCCGCCACCGCCGCCGCAGCCGAACAGUGCUACUGAUCAGCACAAAGCCAGCUCUCAUUCGAGCAGCGAGAGCUCUAGCCUCACCAACACCACCACUGCAGCUGCCGCCGCCGCGACGGCCACGGAGGCGGUUUCAGCUCCAUCUUCGACUGGCUCGGCGUCCAACCUGUUGAGUAAUAUUCAUCGUCAGGAGUCGAAAUUCUUCGGUUCUCAAAGCGGUGGCUUCGAGCCCGGCGCUGCGGCAGCGUUGCUUGAGCAGAGUACGGAGAUGAAUGGAAUGUUCUCGGAGAUUGGAAGCUUCACGAGCUUGAUCACGUCGUCCAACGACUUGCCGUUUGGUUUCGGUAACAUCGGCGGCACCGACGCUUCGGUUUCGCCGUUUAGGGUGAAUCAGCAAGCGCAAGGGCAUCAUCAGAAUCAAUGGGGUCAGCAGAACCAGAGCGAGGAAUUGAAGAUGCAGGAAUUGAGUGGGGGAUUGAUGGAUCAGACGGGUCAGGUGGAUUUAUCAGUGUUCCAUGGCAGAUCCAACGGCGGAGGAGGAGGAGUAUUUGGAUCGUUAGAUUGGCAAGCGGGUUCAGGGGAUCAAGGUUUGUUUGAUCUUCCUAACACCGUUGAUCAAGCAUAUUGGAGUCAGAGUCAAUGGACUGAUCAAGACCACCCUACGCUCUACCUCCCGUAA